AUGCCGUUCUAUCUGAACGUGCCAGCGACGCCGGACUCGGAGUUCGACGACGUCAAGCGUUGGGUGGCGGCGGCGGUGAAGGAAGAGGAGGAGGUGCAGAGCCCGCUGGCUUUCAAGAAACAGAGACCUGUCGUCCCACAUGAGCGAGUCAACUCCAGUUCGAUUCUGGAUGACUCUCCGAUCGAGCAAGUUCGGUUGACAGUCCCACCAACAGAUGAUAAGACAUUGCAGGUCUUAACGUUCCGAACAUGGUUUAUCGGAAUCCCCAUUUGCAUCCUCGGGUCCGUAAUUGCAGCAUUAUCUUCUUACCGACAGCAAUUGUUCUAUUUAUCACAAGUCUGCAUCAACAUCAUCGUGCUCAUCGUUGGGAAACUAAUGGCUAAUAUGCUACCAAACAAAGUGGUACGGAUGCCAUACACAAACUGGGGUUUCUCGUUGAAUCCGGGACCCUUCAACUUGAAAGAACAUGUGGUGACCACCAUACUGGCCGGCACGGAAAGUGCUUCUGCCGGCUUCGAAAUAUUAUCCAUGUCCAAGAUCUUCUACCACAAGGAUAUCCCAUUACUGCCGGCCAUGCUGCUGGUGCUAUCGAUUCAG